ACGGCGUUUGCGGCUUGCGACAAAAAAGUUAAUCAAAAAAAUGUUCGGUCCGCGCCGAUACAGUUCUGUGUUAGUGUUAUUUGUAGUGAUUUUCCUAAACGUGAAAUCCUAUGCACAACAGUGCUACGUGUGUCGGGACUGCAACGUGGUCUCAUCAGAACACAUUCAAACCUGUAGUCCCAGAACGACAAACUCCCCACAAGAAACAGAUGCAACUUCCACCCUAAAAGCUGAAACAACCACUAACAGUUAUAAUACAGCAGAUCCUGUUACAACAUCUACAACGGCUUCUCCUACUGAAACUACACAAUCCACAACACCACCAAAUAUUUACACCGUUAUUACUUCUUUGCCAGAAUUAACAACAACUACCUCAGAACAAUCUCCAACAACAAUUACUGUACCAACUGACACAUUAUCAACUGAUGUCUCUCAAACUAUAACGGAAAGCCUGCCUGUAAUAACAAAUACUAUUUCAUUUCAAACGACGUCUCAGUUACCUAUUGAAACAACUUCAGCAAUAUCUCAAACAACAACGAAUUCAGCAAGCGAAAUAACGGCUGUUACAACUGCUAUGCCGUCCGAAGCGACAACAUCAGCACCACCUCAAACAACUAAUAAUAUCCAAACUGAAAGAACAACAACUGUGCCUCAAACAACUUCUGAUAUACCAAUCGAUAUAACAACUACUAUAGCACCUCAAACAACUACUGAUGCACCAAACGAAAUAGUAACAACUGAACCGUCUGAAACUACCACUAAUGUGCCAAGGGAAGCAACGACAAUUGCAACCCAAACACCUACUGAUGUUCCAACCGAGAUAGCAACUGAACAGCAACCAAUAACAACCGCUGCAAUUUCGGCAGAAACUACCAUCGCACCGAAUACAAUUAUUUCGGUUGAUACUACGAUAAUUCCGGCAGAAUCUACACCAUCUGAAAUGACAACAUCCGAAUCUAUUAACAUUAGUCCCGAAACAACAACUUUAUCAUAUCCAGAAAUAACGCUGGACGUAACAAGCAGUACACUUUUGCCUGAAGAAACAACAGCUAACUCAGCGCUUCCAUCCACAGUACCACCAGCGACAAUUUCACCUAUUGUAACCACGACUACUGCACCAAUUGAGUUCACAAGCACAGUCAUUUCAGCUUCAACAACCAAUCCCCCACCCAUAACAACGAACGGCUAUACAGAAAUAUCAACAAAUUUACCAACAACAGUAAUUCCACAAACUACAGAUUUGCCUACGACGGAAUUUAGUGUUACAACAGGUUCUCCCGAUCACAUAGUAACUGAAAGAAAUCCCAGUGGGCCACUAAUAACUAGGGAUGAUUCAGAUAUUCAAACGACCGAAUCACAAUUACCUCAAGAUACGAAUGCUCGUGUUGGAUUUUUGAGAACAAUUAGAUCCUUGAAAAGUGGUUCAGAAAUUGGCUGCGUCACGACAACGUAUGAAGAAAACGGAAGAUUGACUACUGUUAGAGGUUGUACCCACACCAGUGACGAUCCUGAGGUCAGCUGCCGUGAGGUCAUCGGCGACAAUUUCAGUGGAGCAUUAUCGUCUUGUAAAGUAUGCACUGGCGACUUAUGCAACUCCUCCAACAAAUCUACAGUAACUAUUAUAUUACUGAUAGCUAGCUUAAGCUUAGUUAAGUUUAUUGUGUAGAACCGUCCUUUUUAAAGAGGACCAGAAUAUUUAUCAGUAUACAAACUGUGAACAAAGAGUACGUAUUUACGUAUUCGAAAACUGACUUUUUAUAAACUGUUAUUGGCAACGAUAUUUUUGAAAAACUUAAUGUUGGGACUUCCUUUUCCUUAUUCCUUCCUCAAUCCCUAUUCACGCCAUCUGUUGACACUACAAGAAAAACUACGCGCGUAUGAAAAUGGCGCGAAGAAGUGAGUAAAAAAAACAUGGUGCCGGUGCAAAAACAAUAAAAUUGUUAUUUGUUGAUCAAUUAGCACAUAUAACUCUCGCCAGUGAGAAAAUGGAAUAGUGCAUCAACGAAAUACAGAGUGAGUCCUAAAACUUAUCCUUUUCUCAGUCCCAAACAUAUCUAAAUACAAAACACUUAAAAGUGAUCAAUGAUUUUAAUAGGACCAAAUAAGAGGUGCAUAAUUUUUACGUGAUAUAAUUUGUUUCUGCUAAAACUUUAAAAGAUAUAUAAUGUGUAAUAUAAAAGUAAAUUAAUUGAGCUUCGCACACUAAAGUUAUAACAAUAAGAAAAGAAUGGAGUUUUCAUAAAAACCCAUAAAUGAGUUAAAAAUAUGAUGUAAAAUAUUAUGUAACGAAUUGUUUGAUAGUUCACGGUCGUUAUAGUUUAUUUUGAUGCAAUUUCGAAUGAUUGGCACUUACUUUUCAAGUGCGUUUGCAGCGGUCUUAGCUUCCACGUAGUAGUUUGAAGUAAUUAUAAUAAUAAUAAUAAAACUUUAUUUAACACCAUAUGUACAGAGUGAGCAAAUAAAACAAAUAAUAGUCGGUGACAUAAAUUGGCGGUGAAGUAAUUAUAUUACUGACUACCUUUGUUUUCCUAUAAACAAAGCUGAAGAAGAUGCUAAGCAGCGAUGUUAUAAAGCUGAACCUUUCGAGUCGUAUCACAUAUUAAGGCGGCAACUUUGAAAAAAAACUGACAACCGUUUGAAGGAAAUAAAUAUAGAAACAUUGUAAUCUUAGUAUAUCACUAAAUCCAAAUUGAAGAAUAGCUCACAAAAAACAUAGAGAGAAUUCUCUGUUUUCACUGUUUUUCAAUUAGCGAUUUGAUUAUCUCCAAUGAGAGGGCUAAAACGGCAAUAAAGUGUUAACCUGACGUAAACGAAACAAGAUUCACUGGUUAAGUUUAGCAUAAAUAUUUUUCGUUCAAUUACGUUCAUAUUUCGUGAAUCCGCAAUGUAAUGUGUCCGCUCUCAUAAUUCAAACGGGAAUAUUGACGCCUUCGACAUGCACACGUCAGCUUAUUUCCAAGUGUGAUACAUUGCAUGUAAUGCAACAGCAUUGGAAUAAAAAAUAUUAGCGCGAUUGCUAUUUUAUACGUGAUUCCGCCUUCCAAUUGUCAGGUUUUCCAUACAGUUUCUUAAAUAGUAAAUUUAGAUGUUUUUUUCCCUGUUGUACUGUAAAUCAACACGCACAGUUCUCUAUGACGGAGGGUAUAAAAUAAAUAUAUUAAUUGAAAAAAGUUAGUAUGCAUUAUUAUUUCCUGCGAUAUUUAUGAAUUGUGUUUGAAUGUCUCUUUGAUUAAAUUAUUGUA